AUGUCCGCAAAACCCAAAGCGAAGCCUGCAAAGGGUGCAGUGAAGGGCAAAGGUCAUCUUCGGUCAAAAGCAGAGAAGCGAGACGACGACAUCAUUCAUACGAACGACAGCAGUAUUGUGUCGAAAAGAUGCGUUUCGAAAUUGUACCUCAGUGAGGAGCCAGACUUCUAUGAGCCAUUUGCCCCGAAAUAUGUUCGCCGCAAUCCACUUAUCAACCGUGGUUAUUGGCUGCGAAUGCAUGCUAUUGAGCAAGUCAUCAAACGCUUUCUUGAAGAAGAUGACGGCAGGAAGAAGGUGGUGGUGAAUCUAGGAUGUGGAUACGAUCCAUUGCCCUUUCAAUUCUGGCAUCGGUAUGCAUCACUCACCGAGGAAGCCACUUUUGUGGAUGUAGACUACCCACAGUUGAUCGAAAAGAAGAAGGACGUGGUUUUCACCAAGAGCUUGCUACGAGAUGCACUGCUCAAGACAGGACUUCGCACUGCAGAGGCACCUGUCCGUGUUCGAAGUGAUAAGUACAUGGCUAUAGGAUGCGAUCUCAGAGACCUCCAACUCCUUGAGCGCACUCUGCGAGCUGAGUUGGACAUACCAAGCACAUCCCUUCUGUUCGUGGCCGAGGUGAGCGUUACCUACAUGCCACUCACAGAUGCCAACAAGCUCAUACAGUGGGCGAACACUUUCGAAGCUUCGCGUUUCUGCGUGUUGGAGCAGUACCUUCCACAAGGGCCCGACCACCCCUUCGCGCUUACCAUGUUGACACACUUCGACAAGUUGCACGCAUCAAUCAACUCCGUCAAGCAGUAUCAAACGCUAGCACAACAGUCAUCAAGAUUCCUUGAUGCAGGCUGGCCUUCGCUAGAGGUGGCUCGCAAUUUGUGGGACCUGUGGUCUGACGACUCCUUCACCCCGCCAUCCCUUCGCAAGAAAGUAGAUGCAAUCGAGCCCUUUGACGAAUGGGAAGAAUUCGCCUUAUUUGGCGGCCACUACUUCUUACUAGUCGCCUCAAACAUAAAGGCAGGAGCCGCUGCUCCACCCGAAUUCAAUGCAAACCCUAAGGAUGCACGUAACGACUCAAGCUCUGAACCAACGUCAAUCUCGCUACAGUCCUGGAAGCUGCCUUUGGACUCUGCGUGGACGCCACGGCGCUUCACUGCAGCUUUCACCCUUGAUGGGGAUACCGUUGCUGUACACGGCGGACAGGGACCGCAGAACCGCCUGUCGAGCAUUAGCGCACUAACUCGCGGCAAUGCGGAUUACCAGGUCCAGGCUGAAUCUAAACUGCAGCCUUCAGCGCGUAUGUGCCACACGGUCACAUCGAUGAACAAGACUAGCACGCUGUUAGUCGGUGGCCGAGCGUCUCCCACUCAGGCACUGGCAGAUUGCUGGCUAAUGAACCAGGGCAAAUGGUCUGUAGUGGACGACAUACCUUCACCGCGCUACAGGCAUUCUGCCGUCUCUGUGAAUGCGUCAUACGACAUGUCUCAGAGCGCGGGCAUUUUGGUAUUUGGUGGCAAGUCCAGCGACGGCGCAGUGCUGAAUGACUGGUUCCUGUGGACGUCCAACAACGGCUGGCAUAGUAUUCCCGUUGACGGUCCGCGUCCACCAGCACGGUUUGGUGCUGCAAUAUCUGCGAUGGGUGUGGCACAGUCUGCACAGACUCGUGGGCUACUCAUCGGGGGCAUUGGCGCCUGCGGCACAGUCCUAGACGAUGUCUGGGAGUGGUCGCUUUCAGGCACAGCACCACCACGACUAAAUUUCCGAGACAUGACCAAUAGAGUCCGCAGUAGCUCGACAGACUCCACUUACGCACGGAUCGGUGCCAGUCUGGUGCCCUGGGGAGACGCUUUGCUCCUCAUUGGAGGUGUUUCAAAGCUGGGUGUUGUCGGUUUGGCAGAAGAGUUUAUGCUACUAACACACAGUGAUGCAGGGAUUGGUAUUCAGCACCCCAGGAUCCACCUACCUACAUAUUGGCCAUUGCUUGUUGGUGCAGGCAUAAGUGCGGUAUCUCGAAACGAGAUUGUAGUGGCGGGCGGUGGCGCUGUGUGCUUCUCCAUGGGCUCUUUCUGGAAUGACUACUACUUUACGAUUACGCCUUCUGAGACAGUGGAAACUAAGCCAUGGCGCCCACUAACACCACAAGCGGAUAGUACAGCACCAGCGAAGUCCAAUUCCACUCAACGAGAUAAUCACAAAGUGCAGCCCAAGAAGGGCAAGAAAGUCACAAAAGGACUAAAGUCCAAAGACGUCCCUCGAGUCCAAUUGCACAACUCAGAGGACUUCGCAGCCUUAGUAGCAACCUCCAGACCCGCCGUCAUCACCGGCCUCGAGAUCGGCCCCUGCACCUCACUAUGGACACUCUCCUACCUCGAAUCCAAGCUGGGCUCCGACCGCGAGCUUGUCGUCCACGAAUGCACAUCCAGCGCCAUGACCUUCGGCACCAAGAACUUCACCUACGAAAAACGCAGCGUAUCCUCCUUCUUUGCCAGCAUAAGGAGCGGCGCACCAUCCUACCUGCGCGCCAUCUCCAGUACCCAACCCAACAAGCUGCCCACACGCUUGGAAGACGACUUCCCCGCUAUCUCCGCAGACUUCCAGAUCCCUUCGCUCUGCCGCGAAGUCAUUAAUGACGCAACAUACCACAGCAGUCCGCUGCGCAUCAGUGGCCCUGUGAGCUUAUGGCUGCACUACGACGUACACCCCAACAUCCUCUCGCAGAUCUCAGGUUCUAAAACACUGACUCUAUAUCCCCCCUCCGACGUUGCACACCUCGCCUACCCACCUGGUGCAUCCUCAUCCUCCCUCCCCCUCACCUCCCUCACACACAACCCCAAACUCCAUCCGCACAUAGCGGCCCUAGUACCAGGCGACGUGUUAUUCAUUCCGCCGAUGUGGAGCCACACCGCGACCCCGAAUCAGAGUGUGAGCAUUGCGGUGAAUGUGUUUUGGAAAGGGUUGGGAGACGAGAUGUAUGCGGCGGGGAGGGAUGUGUAUGGUAAUCGUGAUUUGAAGGGGUAUGAGAAUGGGAGGAGGGAUGUAGAGAAGAUCGUUAGGGCGUUUAGGGGGUUGCCAGCGGAUGUUGGAGAGUUUUACUUGCAGAGGCUUGCGGCCGAGAUACUGGAAAAGGGGAGGAAGCAGAGUGAGAAGGCAGGUGGUGGGAAGGAGGGGAAGGAGAGGGUUGAAAGAGGAGCUUGA